GUUUGGCAGCCAGCUCAUACCACGACAAUCAGCUAUACAGCCUCCCAUCCAAUCUAUAUAGCAUAUAAAUUAUCAUAUUGGCUGGUCGUAUCAGGUGUGUGUAUCAUUGUGAAUGGACCGGACGUCUGGUUGGUUGGCAGACUCUAUCCACCUGCCGCAAGUGACGAUACAAAGACUCACCAUCUGCCACUAAAAGCGGUUCAGCCAAUAAGCAAGGCGCUCUCUACCGUCUGCAGAAUGACCUAUUGUUUCCAACGCAGAUGUUCACCUGCAACAUUGUAUCACACUUUUGUAUAGAAUGAAAUUACUUCAGCAAACCGCUUAGAAAAAAGCACCAUCAUUGUUUGCCUUUCUGUACAAAAGUAUACACUCUUGACAAAGAUAUUCAAGGCAGAGGCGCAGUGAAAAGAAAGCAAUACCACUUGAGGACAAUACACAUCGACAGAAAUUCCUGAAGUAUACCAUUUUGGGAAUUCUCUUGGCUUCGUUGGGUUUGGAAGUUGCUUCGCAGCUCGGGGUAUUUCUUUGCUGUUGGCACCCAGCCAAGGGAGUUGAUCAAGAUGGCAGGCAAGAGAAACCAGUUACGCAGAUUCCUACCGAGGUGUGUCAUCAUGACGCUGCGUGCAAGCAGGGAUUACCUCUCAAACCCAUUCCUGGCCACUUUGGUUCUUUUAAUCGCAGUCAUUUCAUCACAUGCAGCUGUAAGUUCAGAGGAGCUGGUCGACACAAUUUACGGACAAAUUGUAGGAUUUCGGAAACACGUCAUCGAUGGAGACCACGUUGUAGCGUAUUUGGGGAUACCAUACGCAAAGCCACCGGUGGGCAGCAGGCGGUACAAGCCACCUGAGACCAUGGGCUCGUGGAGGCCCGAAGUGAAGAACGCGUCGGCCUUUGGCUCGUCGUGCGUGCAAGUGCUGGACAUAGCGUACCCAAACUUUACAGGUUCUGAAAUGUGGAACACACAGUUACCCCUGGAUGAGGAUUGCCUAUACCUGAAUGUGUGGGUACCUUCUCCACGGCCCAGCAGGGAUAGACUACCUGUCAUGGUAUGGAUAUUCGGCGGGGGUUUCUACGGUGGGGUGGCCACGCUACCCGUGUACGACGGCAGCACACUAGCAGCCACACAAGGUGUCAUCGUGGUCUCGAUGAACUAUAGAGUCGGCUCCUAUGGAUUCUUAUCUUUUGGAAACUCAGAGGUUCCUGGAAAUAUGGGUCUUCUUGAUCAGGCCAUGGCGUUGCAGUGGGUACAGGAUAACAUUGAAUACUUCAACGGGGACCCAGAUAAAGUGACGCUGUUCGGGGAGAGCGCCGGAGCGGUGAGCAUUGGGUAUCACCUGCAGUCCCGGCUGAGUCAACCGUUGUUCAACCGAGCGAUCAUGCAGAGUGGGACAUCCCUGUGUCACUGGGGCCUGAUCACAAAUGAAGAGGCAAGGGAGCGAGCCAUGAAAUUCGCACGCGGUCUCAACUGCGUGGAGUACUCCGACGGGACCCAGUUCACCGACGCUCAGAUACUGGCGUGCCUUCGCACCAAGGACCCAAACGAGACGCUGAAUUUUGAGUUUGUAGAGAGCAACGUUUACAUCUUCCCGUUCGUCCCUGUCGUGGACGGUGUCUUCAUCACUGAGACCCCGAAGUCUGCCUUCGAGCGGUACGCAGUCAAAUCAACAGACAUCAUGCUCGGCUCCAAUAAAAACGAAGGCUCUUUCUUCAUGAUCUACUACCUACCGGCAUUCAACAAAGACACGGAAAGUUUGAUCAACAACACUAAAUUUAACGAAACAGUCGGGACGAUUUUUGAAUCCAUGAACAAGUUCGCCAUGAGCGCAAUCAAAUUUCAAUACACGGACUGGCUGGACCCACGGGACCCUCGCAAACUACGGGACGCCGCCGAGGCGUUCGUGACGGACUAUAAAAUCGCGUGUCCCAUUUUUGAGACUGCCAGGGCACAUACGGCGGCCCACAACAACGCAUACCUUUACCGCUUCCAGCAGCGGGCGUCGAACAACCCCUGGGCCGAGUGGAUGGGGGUUCUACACGGCGACGAGAUCGCCUUCGCCUUCGGUCAGCCCUUGCAUCCGAGUAAUGGAUUCUCAGAAGACGACAUUGCUCUCAGCAGAAAGAUGAUGCGGUUAUGGAGUAACUUUGCGAAAACCGGAAACCCCAACACGGAACAUCCGAACGAUCCGGACGAGCUUGCUGAAGGAUGGCCUCCGUUCCGGUUAGAUGCUCCGGAGCAUUACAUAUUGGAUUCCUCUACAGUGGAUACUCCUUUGUAUGCUGACUACGAUAAGGCCAGCCAGUGUGCAUUCUGGAGGGAGUACCUACCAAAGCUCAACGCACAAACAGCUGAUAUUAAUGAGGCCGAGAUGAAAUGGAAGGAGGAAUUUCACCAGUGGAGCACCAAAUACAUGGUGGAUUGGAAAGCCGAGUUCGACAACUACAUCUAUAACAAGGACCAAGAGUGUUCACGACCAAACACCUAAAACCAGGUAGAUCGUGUCAGCAUUUUCUACAUCAAGGAAAUUCUGUCGCCCGUAGGUGGAGAACUCUCAAUUUUAACAUCCCUUAAUUCCCUAUUUUAUCCCCUUUUAUCUAGGGACCAACUGAUAUUUUUCAUGUUUUGCAUUUUUAUAAGCAUUUUUCAUGUUUUUGUGUCAAAAUAACAAAUAAAUACUGUUAAAGUAGCAAACAAUUAUUUAAAAUUUUACAAAUUUUUCAUCAGACUUGAUAAUGACAAGACUUCGUUGCUGGGUGAAAACAAUGUUAAAAAAAAUUGUUAGGCCUAACAAUUAUAUCGAGCUGGCAUUUCCUUUAUAUUAUUAUUGUUUUUCCUUCAAAAAAUGUCUUUGAAAGAUUCUUGAAACAGAAACAAAAUAUUAUUUCACAUUGCUCUGUUAAAUGUGAGGAUUGGCGGUUGUGUAAAUUGUAUGAUGCACUUCACAGUAUUAACGAAUCAGUGGACCAGACUAGAAGAAAUUCUAAAACCGACUUUGAAAUUUGUUGUGAGAGGAAUUUUCCUUGGAGUGCGAUGCUUUAUUUGUCUCCGAAGCCACGGCUGUGACGGGGACCUCGAGACCCAAGGUCCUACCGGCCUUGCAGAGUCGUCAUCAAGCCGUGCAAAUAAACAGGUAAUGGACAACCUGUUGAUUUGUCCACCAUUAGUCUAAAUUCCAUCGGUAGGGAGUCCUUAAUGGAAUAAUGGACCAGGGACGUAGAAUACAGUGCCCGAUUACGCGGUUGUGGAUAGUCGACUUAAAGGGUUUGGGUACUUCUCGUAAGACACACAACACAACUUACACAUAUUUACAUAAAACUUACAAGAUAAUGAUCGUAAAAAUCUCCCCUUAAAAUAUUAACUGCUGAGUUGAUGUAGUUUUUGAGAAAUGAGUUUAACGAAAACAGUGUUUGUAUCUGGAGACGACCAUUAUUUGCAAGUCAUAUUUACCGGUACUGGUAUUAUGCGACUCUCCUGAAAAUAUCAAUCUGUAGGUUUUACCCUUUUUUUCUAAUGAAGCUGAAACUUCUACAGAUAAUUACAUGCAUCUUCAUUCACAGUGAGUAUGAGAACAUGUUAUGGCCAAAACCUUGAUAUAAAACAAAAGUAUCAAACCCUUAAAGACAGUGGACACUAUUGGUAAUUGUCAAAGACUAGUCUUCA